UAUUUAUACUGUGGCCCGGCCUCACCUCUUUUGACGAAGUUAGCGAUCUAGUACUACAGUAUAGACAUCUGUGAGCAAAUGUCACUCGGCUCGGCGGCGCACGUGCAUAAACUGGCCACAAACAUCGUCAAUAGGACCGGCGUGAAUGUUUUCGCAGCAGAACGUUUAUUUUUCCAUCGUGUAGUUCAUUUAGAUACACCGCGAAAUGGAGUGCAUUUACCGGUUACCGUUCUUGGUCCUACAAGUGCCUAAUUUAAAGCUAAAAAGGCCGUCCUGGUUCGCGAAGCCUAGCGCUAUGGUAGUCUUCUCCUUCAUCCUUCUAUCCUACUUCUUGGUGACAGGAGGAAUCAUAUACGAUGUGAUCGUCGAACCACCCAGUGUAGGAUCGACAACGGAUGAACAUGGUCAUACAAGACCCGUAGCAUUUAUGCCUUACCGUGUAAAUGGACAGUACAUCAUGGAAGGUUUGGCUUCCAGUUUCCUAUUCACCAUGGGAGGCUUAGGGUUCAUUAUAUUGGAUCAAACUCAUGGUCCGUCGACGCCAAAACUUAAUCGAGUUCUUCUAAUAUGUGUUGGAUUUCUCAGCGUACUCGUGUCGUUCAUCGCAUGCUGGAUAUUCAUGAAAAUGAAACUUCCUGGGUAUCUGCAAUCCUAAAUGUAAGUUAUUACGACUUGUAUGAACAUUAUAAGCAUCAUUUUGUAUCAUUGUACGAGAUAUUGUUACAAUACAGGGUACAUGUAACAGAGAAUGUGGGAAGAUUUUUAUAAUAAAGUGUAACGAGUAAAC